GGUGGUAAGCAGGGAGCCAGCUGGCGGUGUGUUUUGGGGAGUGGGUGGAGGGGUGACUGGGAGUAAUAUGCGCGCCGUGUUUGGACAUAAAAGCUGCCUCUGUUUUAGCUCUGACAGAUAAUUGCAGAAAUAAGAUUGAUGUGGGUUACGUUACUUGGUUAUUAAAUGAAACUGAUGAAAUUAAAUUAACUUGUUGACUAGGAUGACAACAACACAAUAGUGUUGGCAACGGGCAAGUGUUUCAGUUCCCACAUGCGGCAACAAAGAUGAGGAUACAGGGACAGCCUGAGGGCGCGAGGAGGCGUCUGGAUAUGAAUGCAUCCGGUGAGUUCAAGAGCGUGGAGGUCAUCCGUGGUCGGGCUGGAUAUGGCUUUACUAUUUCUGGACAGAGGCCGUGCAUGUUGAGCGGCAUCCUGGAAGGAAGCCCGGCAUACUUGGUGGGGCUCAGGCAAGGAGAUUGCAUCAUGGUCAUCAAUGGAAGUGAUGUGUCCACUGCUUCUCAUGAGGCUGUAGUGCAGCUGAUUGGCAGCUGCAAAGGACCCCUGUGCUUGGUGGUGCAGGCUGAAGGCAGAGUGAUGGGAAACCCAAUCCUUAAUGAUGUGAAAUUUGGGUUUGCCCAGAAAAGUGGCGCUUUCCAAAAGGCAAGUGUUUUCCGCACUGUCUCGGAUGACUCAAGCAACUCCUCCUUUAACGCAAGUUGUUCGGUUGCCGCCAAACAGAGGCCAGUUUCAGAGCCGGAUAUGUCACAGUGGUCACGGCAAUGGAGUGCUUUAGCUGAGCAGCCAAGGGAGGAGACUUCCACGUCUGGGGAUGCAGACUCUGUUAUUACAGACGAAGCCAAUCCAGACUGGGGUGUUUUGAACAUGACUUUGGUGGUGGGCUACCUGAGCUCCACAGAGCUGAUUUUGAACACCAGUGAAUCAGAGGACUGUUCAAAGGCUAUUCUGGAGAGAAUUCGACAGCUGGGCACUGAGCAGGACACCCAUACCCUGGUGAUGAUGAAGAUCAUGUUUGAUUGCAUUCGUCUUUGUGACGACGCUGGAGCUGUUUUGGCAGCUUUCCCAGCUGAGAACCUGGUCUUGGGGGCUGUGUGUACUGAAGACCCACGUUUUUUUUGCCUGGUCACUACAGGGCAUAUUAUUAAUGGCCGUGUGCCAGAAGAUAGUCCUCUGUGUGCCUCCUGCCAUGUUUUUUUCAUUGACCCAGAGCUGGGAAAUCACAAGGAUCACACUGGGAUUGCUGGCCGUUUUGGUUUCAACUGCACUCCAGAUCCAGAUACCUCGGGCUGCCUGGAAUUCCCACAGACUCCCCCAGAUGUUCUUAACUUUGUAACAGUACUUUACAGUGACAUGGGGGAGGCUGUGGAAAGACUAAGAGUCAAACUGGACGCAGAAGCCCAGGAGCAUGCCAAGGAGAACGUCAGCACUGCCAAACGUGGCAGUGCCAGCAGCAAUGGGGACAGUGGUAUUGGAAAUGCUUCUCCCCCUGAGGAGAGAGCGGACAGGGAUUUCCCUUCUGUGAUCCAAAACCAUCCUGGGGCCCACCUCCCCAGCUGUCCAUGGGAUUAUCCUCCGGCUGAAGGCCUCACCCCAAUAACCCUCUCCAAGAAUGGCCAAAAACUUAAUCCAGAGAACACUACCAGCACAGAUUCCCUUUCAGAGUCAUUACCUGGCCCAGAUUCUCUAGUUAGCUUUUAUGGAGGACCCCCACCCAGGCUACAGUUCCAGUUCAAGCCCCCACCACCUCUUAUGUGUUUGGAUAAAAAAACAAACUUCUCUGGAGAUCCUCUCAGAGGGAGCCAACGGUGGUUCUCAAAGCCAAAGUGGCCAAAAGUCCUGAGUAGUGAUCCGGCACCAUGUGAAACAUCCAACAACAACUGGCCCUCACACAAUAGUCUUAGUGCCAGCACCAAUAACCUGCCACCUCCAAUGAGCCAGAUACCCUCAGAAAGAUACCAGUCAGCUGAAGUCAUGAUGCUGCCCCCCAGGGAGGAAUGGACCAGAAAGUUUGUAGAACAGAGACAGAAACAGCAAAAGGAUGGCAACACUAGAAAUGGUUCCAGGUUUUGGGGUAUAGGCGCUAUUCGUGCCUCUAAACGUCGUUCUGCUAAACGUCUCAGCCUGGCGCGAUCACUGGAUGACCUUGACUCUGCUGCUUCAUCCGAUGGUGACUAUAGUGGGAUCCAGCUGCAGAGCUGCUGCAGCCAGAGCAGCCUGAACAGUAAUGGCAGUCUUCCAGGAGCAGGCAGCAACCGAGGCGCUCCUGAGCAGCGUGUGGCCAGCUGGUCCUCCUGCUUUGAGCGUCUCCUCCAGGAUCCCGUGGGUGUGCGCUACUUCUCGGAAUUUCUCAAGAAAGAAUUCAGCGAGGAGAAUAUCUUGUUCUGGCAGGCCUGUGAAUACUUCAGUCAUGUCCCUGCAACAGAUAAAAAGCAGCUGUCCCAGAGAGCAGGGGAGAUCUACAACAGCUUCCUGUCCAGCAAGGCCACCAUGCCGGUCAACAUCGACAGCCAAGCCCAGCUGGCCGAUGACGUCCUCACCUCCCCAAGGCCUGACAUGUUCAAGACCCAGCAGCUACAGAUCUUCAACUUGAUGAAGUUUGACAGCUAUUCGCGGUUCCUCAAGUCCUCCCUCUACCAGGAGUGCAUGCGUGCUGAGAUGGACGGUCAGCCCUUGCCGGACCCCUACCAAAUCCCCUGCAGCCCCGCCCCCUCAAAGCAUAGUGCCAGCUCUGACCGCUCCACCCUGUCGACCCCCAAAAAGGACGUCAGAAAGCAGCGCUCAGGGAGGUCGCUGAAUGAUGACGGCAGAGACGAGAGCGCCGACAAGAAACGUGGCUUCUUCUCGUGGUCACGCAACAGGAGCUUUGGGAAGGGUCCAAAGAAGAAGGACAUCGGAGACAUUAACCUCGAUUACUGGGGCAGUAAUGGGAGGAGGGAGUCCCAGGGCUCCUUGUCAUCCGGUACCAGUCUGGAGAUGCCCAUUUCCUGCUCCGCUGGCAAGAUUGAGUCUGAUAAUCGCCACUCGGUUGGAGCGUGGGAACGUGCUCCCAAACAGUGCAGCGUGCUGCUACCCGACGGCUCCUGCUCUUCUGUCAGCCUUCGGCCAGGUGCCUCCAUCAGGGAAGUCCUCCAAGAACUCUGCCAGAACAUUAGUGUCAAUGUUGCCGCCGUUGACCUUUUCCUGGUGGGAGGAGACAAGCCUUUAGUGUUGGACCAAGACUGUAUGACACUAAGCUCCAGAGACCUGAGACUGGAGAAGCGUACAUUGUUUAGGUUGGAUCUGGUGCCCAUUAACCGCUCCGUGGGGCUGAAAGCCAAGCCAACCAAGCCAGUUACUGAGGUCCUGCGGCCCGUGGUGGCCAAAUAUGGUCUCCACCUUGCUGAUCUUGUGGCCAAAAUAAGCGGCGAGACUGAGCCUCUGGAUCUGGGUGCUCCCAUAUCGAGUCUGGACGGCCUGCGAGUUGUGCUGGAGCGAGCAGAUCCCUGUUCAGUCAAAGACAAAUCCAAGUCUUCCUCCUUAAAAAGUCACCCAACCCGGAGUUUUUCUGCGACAGGAGAUGAGAGGUCAGCACCAAAGGACUUUUCUGUGAGGCCAAGUGGACCAGACUCAGCACUCCCAAGGGAUAAGAGAAAACAGAAAAAGAUUAAUAUAGAUGAAGCUGAAGAAUUCUUUGAGCUGCUGAGCCGGGCGCAGAGCACCCGAGCCAACGACCAGCGUGGACUCCUAAACAAAGACGACCUGGUGCUUCCCGACUUCCUGCGACUGACUCCGCCCACUUCCUCUCUCUCCGUGUCCUCCGACCUGGCCUGCUCCACCCCCAACUCCCUGAAGCCGGUUCGAGAGAAUGGCAUCCCCUCCCGGAGCCCCCUCACUUCCAGCCUACGCUCGGAGAGCCUGGACUCCUCCCUCAGCUCCAGUGCGAACGGACACUCCAGGCGGUGCCUCAUGCCCCCUCCGCGCCACCCAACCUUCGGCACUCACAUGUCCCCCAUCCUCCGGCCCUCAGACACCCGUCCAACCCUCCGCACCGUGGAGGAGGACGCCAACGCCGACCUGACUCUCGUCGGUGAAGGCGACAUCAGCAGCCCCACCCUGCUGCCUCCUUCACCAUCCCCCGUGUCGUCCUUCAAUAGCAGCCUGCCGGCAGCCAACUUCACCCCGCCACCGCCCUGCUCCCAGGCUAAAGACGCGGGCGAAGAGGGAAAGUCCAGUUCAGAGGCAACAGAAAUGACCCCUAAUGCAAAGUCACCUCCUGAAAAAGCCAACGCUGCACAUACCAUUCAGGAGGUGAUGGAUGUGGAGGGAGUACAUCUAGAAGAAGGAACAGCGGAGACAUCCCAGGGUGAGGACUCUGAGCUGAGCUUGAGUUUUCAGGGCUAUGUCGCCGAGCUGCGGCAGUGCCAGAGCAAAAUGAGAAACGCCCAGAUGCCCCAGAACGGCCGCAACCCACCGGAGGGCCAGGACUGCAACACAGAUCUUUACAAGGCCACCAUCGUCUAAAGGGACCCCCCCUCCGCAACACCCCCACUGCUGCACUUUUAAAGCCUGAGCGACUGUUGUUUGAGGAGAUGUAGUCGAACAAUGUGCUGCAUGUACAAGUUGUCAGUUUUCUUUACUAAAGCAUCAAUGUUACGGUGAUGGAUAUUGUAUAUUUGUUUAAAAAAAGUUCAGGCAUCUUCUUGUUGACUUCUAGUACCGGUUGUAAUUUUGGGACAGUGAUAUGUUUUGUUAUUGGUAUGCUUUGAUAAUUAAAUACAUUGAGCCCAAAUAAUAAUACCACAGAAGAAGCCUGAAACUCACUUUGGGGUACCAGUUGCUAAUAGUUGUACACAAUUUAUGUGAAAUGACUGAGAAAUAGGACACUGCUUGAUAAGAAGCUGCUUAACAACUUCCUAACAAAAAAACACUGGCAGCCUUCUGGUGUUGGAAACCAAAAAGUGAAAGCUCAGGAAAACACUUGUUCAGGUUCUUGAUAACAAUUUCGAAACCAUCACCAAAUGAUUUAAUGAGCUGUUAAGCUGUUUGGGUAUAUUGAGUUUUACAUUAAAGUCCCGAUUAACUGUCUACCCAUUACCUUUUUCUGCUAGUCUUGCGCUAAGAAAAGUUGUGAGAUGCAACUGAAAUAGCAAUGAUAAUUUAAAAAUCUAGAAAGUAAAGCUUGACUUUUGUUUUACGUGUCCUGAUUAGAAAGUAGGACCACAUGCUAGGAGAGGACUCUUGGAUAUUUGACUAUUUCUUGUUCAUAUUGUCUUCCUGUGUUGUACAGAUGACACAUAACAGUACCUCUAUUGUCUGUACUUUCUGCUUCUGUGGUUGUGAGGUUGUCCAAAUUGUUGAACAAUUAAAAGGCUUCGAUGGCUCUACUUUCAA